UUCUACUUCAUUGCUGGUUUGUGAUGAAUGGUUCGAAAGCACUACAUGCGAUACCUCUGGGUCUGCCACUAGAUAGACGUGAUGCAGAAAGAACAUGAAAAGACAGCAUACAUUGCAGGCUCUGCUCUGCCGUUUCUGGACCUCUGUGGAAAUCUCAGUGGAGGGAGGAAGGAUUUCUGCUCUUAUCCAAGGCAAAAUAUAUGGACUGUGUGGACUAACAAGGCACGUGAUACUUCAGAGCUUCAAAAGCAGAACCAAAAUCAGCUGGACGGUUGCCUCCUACCUUCCUAAAUAGGGAGAAAGCGGGUUUACUGGUGUGGAUGCCUGCCUCAUUUGCUUCACCAAAAUGAGAUAGGGCCUGCGGGAAAGAAAGGAGAUUUUUGCAAGUAGAACCUACCAUGAUUUCUCAGGGGACAACAUUUUGCUUAUUCAUACCUUCUACUGUGGCAAAAAUUGAUUAUUUUCCUCACCAAAAACCAGCAGCAUAAUGCCCAUCUGACACAUGCCUCAAGGAACUCUUAUUUAAACUCAGUUCUGUGGUACAAGCAAGAGCCAACUAAUAUCACCUGCUACUAGUAGAAAAUCUCCGUGAUAGUCCUUACCCUUGGCAUGUGUGAAGUCGCAACUGAGCUUGUGAGGAGGAGUUAACAGGAAAUAUCUAACUCAUGUUCAAAGAUGGAUGCCUUCUAGCCAACCAGCGAGUCCUGCUGCUGCUGCAUGUCUGGCAGCAUCUCUGAAUGAUCACAUGACUCUUGAUAUGGAUGCAGUCCUGUCAGACUUUGUUCGGUCCACAGGGGCAGAACCAGGUCUGGCGAGAGACUUACUGGAAGGCAAAAAUUGGGACUUGACAGCAGCUUUGAAUGACUAUGAGCAGCUCCGGCAGGUACACACCGCCAACCUGCCCCAGGUGUUCAAUGAGGGCAAGUACUACAAGCAGCAGGAGCCAGAGCAGCCUCCCCAGGUGACGAAGGCUGAGCGGCCCUGCUUGCAAAGGCAGGAUGACAUUGCUCAAGAAAAGCGUCUUUCCAGAGGUAUUUCUCAUGCCAGCUCAGCCAUAGUCUCCCUUGCUCGAUCACAUGUAGCAAAUGACUGCAGCAAUGAACAGUUUCCUUUGGAGAUGCCCAUCUACACAUUCCAGCUACCAGACCUAAGCGUGUACAGUGAAGAUUUCAGAAGCUUCAUUGAACGUGAUUUAAUUGAGCAGGCAACAAUGGUUGCUUUGGAGCAAGCAGGACGACUAAAUUGGUGGUCCACUGUGUGUACAAGCUGCAAGCGUCUUCUUCCCUUGGCUACAACAGGUGACGGAAACUGCCUCUUGCAUGCUGCAUCUCUAGGGAUGUGGGGAUUUCACGACCGAGACCUUGUUUUACGUAAAGCACUCUAUACCAUGAUGAGAAGUGGAGCUGAAAGGGAAGCACUGAAAAGGAGAUGGAGAUGGCAACAGACUCAGCAGAAUAAGGAGUCAGGUUUAGUGUAUACGGAAGAGGAGUGGGAGCGGGAAUGGAAUGAACUGCUUAAACUGGCAUCGAGUGAGCCUCGUACACAUUUCAGCAAAAAUGGAGGCACUGGUGGUGGAGUCGACAAUUCAGAAGAUCCAGUGUAUGAGAGCUUAGAAGAGUUCCAUGUUUUUGUCUUAGCCCAUAUUUUGAGAAGACCUAUUGUUGUAGUAGCAGACACAAUGUUACGAGACUCGGGGGGAGAAGCGUUUGCACCUAUACCAUUUGGAGGAAUUUAUUUGCCACUUGAAGUUCUGCCUAACAGAUGCCAUUGCUCACCGCUCGUGCUAGCCUAUGAUCAGGCCCAUUUCUCUGCGCUUGUUUCCAUGGAACAAAAAGAUCAACAGAGAGAACAAGCGGUGAUCCCCCUGACUGACUCUGAACACAAGUUACUGCCUUUGCACUUUGCGGUCGAUCCUGGGAAAGACUGGGAGUGGGGAAAAGAUGACAAUGAUAACACCAGGCUGGCCAAUUUGAUUCUGUCUCUUGAGGCAAAGCUUAAUCUUCUACACAGCUAUAUGAAUGUAACGUGGAUACGCAUACCCUCUGAGACACGGCAGGCCCCUUUGGCUCAACCAGAAUCCCCUACAGCUUCAGCCGGGGAAGACGUUCAGUCUUUGGCUGACUCAAUGGACUCGGACCGAGAUUCCAUCUGUAGUAAUUCCAACGGCAAUAAUGGCAAAAACAGUAAAGAAAAAGAAAAGGACAAACAGAGGAAAGAUAAAGACAAAACCAGGACGGAUUCGGUUGCUAAUAAAAUAGGAAGCCUCAGUAAAACCCUAGGAAUUAAACUGAAAAAGAAUAUGGGUGGUCUGGGAGGCCUGGUGCAUGGCAAAAUGAGCAGAGCCAAUUCAGGGAACGGAAAAAAUGGUGACACGGUAGAGAAAGUCAAAGAGAAGAAAUCUAAGUCUCGAAAAGGGAGCAAAGAAGAAUCUGGACAGUCUGCGAGCACUUCUCCAUCUGAAAAGACCACUCCAUCUCCGACUGACAGAGCUAGCAACUCGCCCACUGAAAAGAUGAACACUAAAUCCUUCUCCGACAAGCAGUCUGACCCCUGGAAGUACAGCACUGACGUGAAACUCAGCCUAAAUAUUUUGAGAGCUGCCAUGCAGGGUGAACGAAAGUUUAUUUUUGCUGGCCUGCUUUUGACCAGCCAUAGGCAUCAGUUCCACGAGGAGAUGAUAGGCUAUUACCUGACCAGCGCGCAGGAGCGUUUCAAUGCGGAACAGGAACAGAAGAGGAAGGAUGCUGAGAAAAAGGCUGCACUGAAUGGGUCGUCUAGUAGGAAACUGGAGCCGGAAGCGUAUUCAAAAGAAAAAUUAGAAUCAUCUCCUCAGGACAGGGCAUCACCCGUCUUGCCUCAAAGCCAUACAACUCAGCUGGUUUUAAAAUUUAAAGAUCGCACUAGUCCCACUCCCGGGUCUUUUUCUUCACCUAGUAACGGUGCUAAGAAAAGUGGACCCAUUCCGGUAUCUGCCCACUAUAGCCAUACGCCACCUGUUCAAAGGCAAAGUGUCAUCCAUUUGCAUGAUGUCAACUCCAAGCCAUCGAGCUUCCAAGAUGACACCUACAAGCCAGUGGUUGGCACCUUAAAAACCUGUGCCACCUAUCCCCAACAAAACAGAUCACUGUCCUCUCAAAGCUAUAGCCCAGCCCGGAUAUCUGGGAUCCGCACGGUGAACACAGUGGAGUCGCUGAGCUAUGCCAUGCCUACGGAACACAAGUCUCAGACGUACACAAACGGCUUCAAUAACGGCGAUAUUAGAGACUGCUUAGAAUAUGCUGAUGAGGAUGCUCCUCAGACCUGGUUGAACAAUGAUAAAAACCAAGGCAGAAGCACAGUUUGCCCAUUAUAUUCCAUCCAGCAGAACCGCUGUAAGAAGGAGAACUGUUCCUUUUAUGGUCGUCCUGAGACUGAAAAUUACUGUUCAUACUGCUACAAAGAAGAGUUAAAGCGCAGGGAGAGAGACAGCAAGGGACACAGGCAUUGAGGAUUCUUCCGUGACUACUUAGUUUUACCAUUUUCUUACUUACAAAGUAAACAGUGUUGAAUUGCAGUAAAAGGAAUCCUUAAAAAAAGAAUAAAGGAUUGAUGAGUAAAUAGUGUCUAGCUUUUCGCUUUUCUGGGGCAAUGAGGAAAUAAUAGGAUUAAUUUAUCAUAAAAAAAAAAAAUAUUAUUUUCCAUUUUGUCAGUGUCUUUUUUACAUAUACUGGUAAGCCGAAGGGUUGUUUACUCCUUGUCAGUGCUGUGUAUAUGUUUGGUCAAAAAUUUACUAAUGGUGCCUGAAUUUACACUGACAUCACUCAGGUAGAAGAACGAUAGGGGAAAGUCGGAAUACCGGAGAUGUGGUGUUGUCGUAGGGUUGUAUCUGCCUUGCAGACAUUUGAAAUUCUAUAGCUACUAUGAAAGUAUUUUUUCCUCAGUAAAACCUAAAUUUUUCAUAGCCUUUUUUUUCCGGAGGAUAGUGAUUUUUGCGUACUGCACAUUUUUAACAUGGCAGCUUAUUGCAUUACUGCUGACGUCUGUACUCACUGUAGGCUGAAAGGGAAUGAUUCUGGGAAGAUGGGAGCAAAAGGUCUGAAUUCACAAGGGCUGUAGCUCUUCCUAAUUUUAAGUUCUUAAAAGUUAUUCCUAUAUUUCCAUUAAAAAAGUAGAUUUGAGCCACUUUUAUUUGUACUGAAUUUCUAAAUGGGUUUUAUAAAAAAUAUUUUAUGAUUUGCAAGACUUCACGUCACAAGAAAACCCCACGUAUCAUAGAUCUGAGCACCUGAAUUUCAGUAGUAUUUUCAUUGCUGUUAAAAUGGAGGGAAAUUUUACAUGAAAUUAAAAUUAAAAAUUCUAUUAGAUAUGCAAAAUUUGAUGACUGGAUAGGAGAAUUAGGAUCGUUUUUAGAGCUGAAUGAACUGCUUGUCAAAACAGAGGUAUUGCAUCAAUUGAUUCUCUUAGCCAUUGCAUGAAUUUAAUCAUGAUUUAUUUAUUCGUUUCUCAACUUUAUAGUGAUAGUUAUUGCAGAGAUAACUACUUCUGAGCCUUUCUUGAACACUAUUGGCUCCACCUAUUUUUGAGUCUUCUGCUAGAGAGAGUUCUGUACCUGCCAGGAGGUUCCGAGAUGGCUAUAGAGUACCUGCAGUGGAGUGGCAGCUCCUAGCCCUGAUUUGCACAAGUCUGAGAUCCAAAUAGUUACGUAAGUAUUUGCAAAGCUUUUGAAUACUAAACUUUGCUCCUCAAAAUGUUUCUGUAAAGCAGACGCUGCAAAUACUGUUGAAGUGGAUGUAUAAUUGAGGGAAGUUUUCUUGAAUAUAGCGCUUGCCGUUUUUGCACCACUCCACCAUCAAUUGGUGUGAAGUAGUAAGGAUAGGUCUGUGGUGGUGUCACGCGUGCGGGCAAUGGCUCACUGUCUGCCUUUUUGUUAAAAAAAGAGCUCGUUUCCCACAAACAGGUGAAGUCGUGCCUCCAGGACCGCUUCCUCUGCCACCGAAAGGUGCAGGACUUGAAUUCUGCCUUACUUGUGAUGGCCUAGUACUUUUCUGGCCCGCACAGGAAAGAUUCUUCGCCAAAGAGCCUUUGUUUCUGAUUAUUUUUUGCUGUGCCCCAUUUUUUUCUCUUGACAUGGGUGGCACCGUUUCGCUUGGGUACAGUUAAUCCUUGUUACCCUUGAAACCACGCGUAAAGUAGUCUGAAACAAGAGACGGACUUGUGCCGAUGCGUAUUGGCUUGCAGGAAAUCACGUAAGAUUGGGCUAAGGUGCACCAUUGGAGUUUGCACAACUGAGCACGUGCUUAAAAUUGACUUUAUGAGUAGGCUCUCUGCUGGAUGGGAGGUUUGAAGGAUAGUUUCAAAGUAAAUCCAUUAGGCACUCCUAAAAAGUCACAGUGUUUGCCAUGUUACUGUCCUGUGAAUCCAGACCUGUGCUUCGUGUUUCUUGUCAUGUACUGCGCAUACACUGAAUUUGAAUUCCUUCGUGAAAGGGAAGCAUAGUACGUGGAAUGACAGGUUAAAACUCCACAGGGCUUCAGUGGGUAAGGAAAGCGCGUUCCAAAGCCCAUGGCUCUGCUGGCACACGCUGGUGAGCAGUGUCCUUUUUUUUUUGGUUAAAUGUUGUGAUUGCGUGUAAGGUCUUAUUGCCAAAGAACUCUGUGAUUGCAGAUGAUACGAGAACAAGCCAGAUCAUCCUAAAACAAAUCAAGUAUCAUACCUGAUUGUGUUUAUUGCUGAGACUGAGAAAACUGACAGGAUGAAACUUCACGAAGGAAAUCAAUAGUUAAGAAUUCUUAGAGCAUUAGAGUAGCAGUAGCAUUUAAUACUCUGAGAAUUGCUUCUGCAUAAAGUUGUGUUUCAGAAAUCCUACAUUAGCAGCAGACUGCCCCAGCCCGAGGGUUUGAGUCAGCUCUGGCCUUCCUAAGGGAGGAAAAAAGUAACGAGAAUUUGCUGUUUCCCGUUUUUCAAAGGAGGUGUUUUGACAGCGUGUUUUUAACAUCUAAAUAGUCACAAAGAGAUUUACAGCUGGUUGAUAUUUAGAGAAAUUGAUCUGUUCUAAAUUAUUGAAUAGAUUGUACCUGUACGUUAGAUUAUUUUGCAAAAUUGAUUGGUCUUCUGAAUAAUUAUAGGCUCGUUUGUACAUGAUACCAAUCUUCAGUGUUCACUGUCAUCCCAAGUCCCUCAGAGUCCUUUUCUUUGUAACUUAGAAUAAUUUACUUUUGCUAUUUUCUUUUAGAACUCUGCAAAUAUCCCACUAUAUCCUGUCCCUUAACAUUUAAUAUUGAAAAGAAGUUGCAGGCCUACAAGGCCAGCUUGCCAGGUAACACCUACCCGUCUUUUCCCAGUAGCUGUCCCUUUUUCUGGAUAAGUAAUACUGUGAUUUUCUUUUUCCUGAGCAGUUGUCUGAAGAGGAUACUGUAGUUGGUAUUAAGCAGCCCAAACAUGCAGAAACCAGGCCUCCUCCUGAAGAAGUGAUUGUCACCUUAGAAGAAGAGUCUAGCUGUAAGAGAAAAUUUUAUACCUUUUUUUUUUCCCCAGAGGUAACUCCCAACUGCUCAUCAGUUGCAUUCGGCAGCACUGAAAGACGCUGUGUCAUUUCUUAGCUAGGUGAGACAAGGAAUAAUCUCCCAGUAUGGUUUUCUUUUGCACUGAAAGGCUGACCUUUGACUGCUCUUUUGGUUUAUUUUCCCUUACAAUGAAAGCAUACGCAGCCCACAGGCCAGCAAGUCCUUUUCUGUGCCUCAUCUGCCCUCUCUAUGCCUUCCAGAGCCCGUUAGACUCACCGCUUAGUCCCGGCUGUACAGAUAUCAGUUUUGGUUUUGGAGGACCCUCUGUGUUCCUCCUGUUAGCUCAAGUGGCUGCAAUAACCACUCCUACUUCUGCAUCUGUAUGUGCUUUUCCCUCCUCUCCCCUUAGAAGUGAUUCAACAGUUAUCGCUGUUGUCCACCCUGCAAAAGUACAAGCUAAAUCCUGGGUAGGUUACACCUUCCCAGAGUAGAUCCAAAAUCACAUGAAGAUAUUUAGGCUGGAGGAAGCUGGAAUUUUUUUAAACAAGUGAAUGUGCUUUUUUCCUAAUUUCACAAAAGGCUUAAACCUAUUAUGCAAUUAUUUUAUGUUGUUCAUAAACUCUGAUACAAAGGUCUGUUCUUAGCAGAGGAGGCCUGUAAUACAUAGUGGGUUUCGGUCACGCUUUAUAUUAAAGUUCCAUUUAAAAUGCUUUCUAAAGAGUUCAUAAACUAUUGCCAGACUUCACAAGUAUUUUUUCAGCUGUGGGUAUCAGUUGUAUCAUAUGGCUAACAAGCAGCUCAUUCAGAAAAUGGUGAAGUAGAUUAUCAAAAGUAACUUCAGAUAGUUUGGAUUUUAAAACAAUUGAUUUUUGUUAUCCCGGUUCAUUAAGCUUUAUAAAUGCAGUGGAAAUGUAGUGUGUGACCCAGCUUUCUUUAGCUAUUAGUUCCUUCUUCCUGAGUCAAAGGUAGCAUUAAAGGCAUCGCUGAAAGAAUAAUGAGGUACUUGGAAAAGUUUCGUGUUCCUUCUUCCUUAAGAAGUCUAAGUAGGCCAAGUGAAGCCUUCAGAGUUGUCUUUUGUAAAACUGCAGAACUCAUGAAGUAUUACUUGCGUACAGAAGGCAUUGAGGAGAGUCGCUUAACGCGGCUUUGCGCAGCAUUUGCCUGCAGAUCAAAGCAGUCAGCUGAGCCAACAUCCCUGUCCCGACAGGCGGAUUCAGGGUAAUCUACUUCUCGGGUGAUGAAUGUGUGAAUAUCAAAAACUGCACAGCACAGGUCUGACAAAAUACUGCCCUCGAACUCCCUGAUUCUGCAAACGGUUACACUGGUGCUCAACUUCACUGAUACGAAUGGUUUCCCUGACAUCAAGGAGACCGCUGCUUUUCAGAAACUUAACAUAACUGUUAAGAAAAAGCAUAAAUGUGUGUGGGACCAAGGCCUGAGCCUUCAGUCUGUGUUUGUUCCCCUCAGGUUACUCUUCCAAUGAGAGAAUCGAUGAGAAUGUUGCCUGAGGAGUAGAGGGGAGCCUUGGGCCUCUUGGGGCUGAAUCUGCUGUCCUCCAAAAUCUGUGGACAGAAUCCCAUUAGUAAUGGGGGCCUUAAAUCAGGUGCUUCACAGACACACAAAAUACUCGCAACCUGGAUGUGAUAGUAGCGUAGGAGCUAGUAAGGGAGUAAGAUCUUCCUAACACCGGGAAUGUUUUGCACGGGUGAAACCCAUAUGUCAAUAGAAACUAGAAUAGUCUCAAAUAAUUAUAGGUCAAGAGAAGCAAAAUAACUGAUGCUGAUUGUAGCUGGCUUGUCAGCUUCGUGUAUUUAAAGUCUCCGUUAAUGUAUUUGAAGAGUAUUUGUUUUAGGGUACGGCAGCUUACGCAGAGGAACAUCAAACAGUAUAUAGCAUAGAAUUUAAAUUAUUUCAGUAACACUAGCGUCUACUUUAAUUUGCACAUUCAUUUCCAAUGUAUAUGACUAAAAUACUAUAUUGUUAAAAAUGAGAGGAAACCAACACAAAGGUGUUUGUAAGUACGUUCUGUUUCUAGACUUAAGGCUGUAUUGUGUUGGAAUUUUACAAGCCAAGUUUAAAUUGUAAUAUAGAAAUUAUUUUUAUAUUAUUUUCCAAAUAUGCUACAGAGCAAUAUUUUGCGCCUUUAUUAUAAACAGGGUCAUCAUUUUAGUAGGUUACCUUCAGAAAUGCUGGUAGAAAUUAACCGUGAAAAGAAAGCUUUGUAAACGUACUUGUCAUUUCUAACUGCUCUGUCUGUCAUGCGCAUCUGUAUUGAAUGAGAGUUGAAUAUACAUUUAUUUUUUUUUAAUUGAAAAGCUUUAAAUUUUUCUUUAUAUAUUUUGGUACAACACUAUCCCUCCCUAUUUAAUUCCAUCUUCCUUCCAGACCCUACCAGUAGCCAGUUUUAUAAGCAGCUUCUGAAUAGACAUUCAUCUGGAAAGUUUUCUUACCAAAUGAAACAUUUCUGCACAGAUAUCGAUUGACUCGGAACAUUCAUAAUAAACUCUGAAUCUGUUGGAGUAGGGAUACUUUGCUUUUUUUUAAAAAAAAAACAGAAGCAGAUUUAUAAUUCCUUCAAAUUGAAAAUCCAGAAUUAAUAACCAGUGUAGUCAUUUAGCAUCUGUGGGAAGAAAAACGCUCUAGAUCAUAGAAAAGUCAUCCUCUAAUUGGCAGAUAACUUGUGUCUCAUUAUAUAUCAAAUACACAUUAGCUUCUUUUAGAUUCAAAUGUCCAGAUCUUAUUUCUUCAUAGCUCUUUGUACUGUACAUAUCAAUUACUGAUGAACUGUGCAAAAAAAGACUUUGCAAUCUAAUGCAGACGUUAAAUUAGAAGUCAGUGUAGUUUUUAAAAUUCCAUAACCUCUGUGGUUUACUUUUUUGGAAUUUGUUUCUUUGUUUAAGAAUUAGUGUUAAUGUAUGUACUGCAACCAAAAUUUUCUAAUCUGGAUGCCUAACGUUAAGAUUCUGCACCUGGGUUUCUCCUAAUAAAUACAGUGGGUUUAAGAUGUACUGAGCAUCAAUUUCUGUGGGAGCAAAAGCUUUUUCUGGGUAUCAGAAAAUGAAGUGCGCAUUACUCCAACACAUCUUCAGGGCUUUUGUUUAUUAGUCUACACUUCUUUUCGGUCAAUGGAAUUUACAUUUUAUCUGCAGUGAUUUUUCAUGUGUGGGCUUAUUGAUGAAGUUAUUGCUUGAAUAUGGAGAGACUUGCCUUGUACCAAAACCCUGCCUAAAUUGGCCAUUUAACGGUUGCGUUCUUAAUGCGGUUAGUGUAUCCCACCGAGCUGGGGGGGAACGUAAGGCCUUUUCUUCUUGGAUAUCGCGAUCACUCUGAUUUGUUUAGUUGGUUUGUGGCUUUUUUUUCCCCUCUCAAGUGAAUACGCUGUUCUGAUUGCUGUUUUAUCUCCCACUACCUGAAUGCAUGUACUGUACCGAGAGAAUUGAAGUGGCUGAUGCGCGUUUGCACUGUGGAACGUAUGACAUGGGUAGAAGCCACCAUGUUCCAAACGGCCUUAAAAUUAUGACUCUCUGGGGACUGAGAGUCACUUUACUGGAUGCAGCCUCUGUCCCACUUACUCGUUUAACCAUGUCUGUAAAACGCUCUGGCCUGCUGUAGCCUGCGUUACUGUGUAUGUUCAUCUGAAUAACCUGUAAGCUUAAAAGAAAUUCCUUUAAAACAUUGUUGUUCUUUGCUAAGUGUCGGUGUGUCAGGAAACCUUAGGCAAAUGAGGAGAGAGAGGUAAAAAUAGAUAAUGGAUAAUAAAUGGAUAAUAAAAAUAGAUGGCGGAGUAACCAUGGCACCAAAAUACUAAAACCAGGGAAAAGAGUUAAGAUGCAUUAAAAAGUAUUUCCUGUCAAGAGUGGAAGUUCUGUAGCUCUUCCCGUAUUCUGGGAAAACAGAAAUGUUGUUUUGCCAUUUAUCUCUGGAUCUAACGUAGCCUCUUUGUUGCGGAGGUUUGCUGUUGGGAAGAAGGGAGAGUAAAGUGGUGAGUUUUCUCCCCUUCCAAAGCAAAGCAAAUUCUACUCUAGUGGCAGAAUCAUCUAAGACUGCAAAAAGAUAUGAUCCGAUAUUAGAAGUAAACAGUGCCUAAUUCCCGCGUGAGAGUUGUGUACAUCAUUUUCAUUCUGCCCCUUUGAAAUGCUGUUUUUACGAAAGAGAGGGAGGGAGUUUAAAGAAUAAACUUGUAAGAUGGUGACCCAGUUCUUCCUCUGUUCACAUGCAAUAUCAAUAUAAACAUGAAAACGGAGUUUUCAUGCACUUGCAGGCAAGCUGAAAUGUAAAAGCCACCUUCUUGGGUAAAUCCCAUGUAACUCCUUUGCUACACAAAAAAGAUUAGAAGCCUUUGGGACAGAAACUUUGCCUGAUGAAGCCUGACGGUAUGUCGGGAGCCUGAGAGCCACGGCCAGCCUAGCCGAAAGACAGAAGGGCUGGUCAUGUCCCUUUAAAACAGAUACAGUUCAUUCUGGCCCGUGGUGUCUGAACAAGAUCUGUGCAGUAGAGAUGAAGUGGAACACUGCCUUUCAUUGCCUCCAGGUUUAGGUAACACGAAGCCUCUCCCCUAUGCUUUUGGUUAAAACACGCAGGAGGUGUAGCAGCAAAACCCGGCAUCGCGGGUGCAGAGAACGGCCUCCGUCUCCUUUGGGCUUGUGGUCAGGUAUGAAUUGAAACAGCCAUGUGGGCGAGAUAGAAGCGCUCUCGUCUCUAAACUCUGCAAAUUGUGUGCACUUAUGUUUUAAUACUAACAGAAGCUAAGCAAUGAUUUUCUCAUUUAUUUGCUGAAGAUUCUGAGUACUGUAAAUACAGUCUUUGUAUAAUGCACAUAGUUUGUGUACAGUACAAAAAUGCUUUUCCCUCGGAGCUGCUCAAAGAGCUUUGCAUGCACCCUGUUCAUUCACCAUAAGCCAAGGAGAACAAAGAGGAUUUAAGCUGAGAUUAAAUAAUGAAUGGAAUUACCCCAUGGACCUAAGCAGCUAGGAAUUCCCAGCCACAGUGUUCCAGGCCAGUGUUGACAGUUCUGUGCAAAACUCUACCCUAAUAAUCUGGAUUAGGUUUGCACUCUUUCCUGACGAGGAGCAAUUACUUCGGUGGCUUUUCCAAGCCUGUUGCUCCUACCAGGCUAACUCCUUGUGUUUGGAACGUGCCAGAUUUAUCAUCAUUCAGCUGGAUUUGAAAAUUUUUCAAAUCUGCGUAGAGCUCUUGUUUUCCUGUUGGAAUCUAUCUGAAGUUUUAUUUUGCUCCAAUUUUAAGACGUAAAAUACUGUUACAAACUUUAUGUAAUGCCUUGGAGUUGACUGUUGUAUGGCUCAAAGACUUUGUUCUCCUUGGAAGGCCUCGUUCUUCCUCAUUGAUUCUUGUGACUGACAUUUUUAUAUCGAAAAAGCUGAGUGAAACAUUGAAAAUACCAAUGCUCUUUGUAUGUAUUUCUGCCAUUCAGUAUACUUUAUCUUUUUUGUUACACAAUUCUGCGCUGUUACAACCCAGUGCCUCUCAGAUACGGUCAAAUCUGGAAGGACUGUUUGAAUUAUUAUACACAAAAGGCCUAUGUAGCUAAUUCAUCAUAACUUUACUGUUACUAUUGUGUAAUAUGCCCUUCCCAAAUUGUUUGUACAUCUUUGUUUUGCUGUUCCUAACAUUUUUCCUUUCAUCUUCUACUUCCUUAGGCAGAUUCUGAAGCUUUUUGUCCUUAAAGCCUGUGGUAGCUUUUCCAGUAAAGAAGAUUUGGCUUUGUCAGUUCAGUUUGCCUAUAGAGUGGCUUCUCUCCCCAAACAAGAAUUACAGUAACACAGAUGUCACACCCUUGGUUUAUAGAAGUUCAUUUACUCAUUAACUGAGGGUCUCUGUUUGACUGUAACCAAAACUAAUAUAUAAAGUUUAAAAAAUCAGGACAGGUGAUGUGACUCAAUAACGUAGCAAAUCGCAUUUUUAAAGCCGCAGAAGUGUACAGCAAAUGUAUUUGUGCCUGAAGUCCGUAUUUCAAAGAAAGGUAUCCGUUGGCUCUUACUGGAGCUUAAGUAAAUGUUAAUAAGGAAUCAAGAAAGUCUUACUGAUCUUUGAUGGCUAAGAAUUCACCUUCUUGGUAGUCAUACCAUCCUGCUAAAUUUUUGGAGUCUGAGUUUGAGUUUCUUCUUGUCUUCUCUGCAUUUAUACUGCUUUAGCAAAGAUUGAUUUGGGUUUUCACUAAACAAUAUAAUAUAUCAGAAAUUUAUUUAAAGCUGAAGUGACUUUUUAGGUUUCUCUGUCUUUGACCAUUUUCAUGCCAAACUUUUAUCCCGUAUGAAAGGAGUGAGUUUAUCUUUUCCCAUUCUCUUCCAUAUUCAUAAUUUAAAGACACGAUUGGUUGCAGUCACUUUCAUCUCAAUCAAAAAACAGUUGAUCAUUUUUAACCUGACUGCCAUAUCACGCUUAAAUCCAUCAUUCAAAAAGGAAUGAAAGCAUUAAUUAAUGUUCAAGGAAUGAAUAUUUUUUGUUGUGAAAAGUGUGAGUUCUUGAGAACCUUUUCUACAUACAGUUUUUCAUUCAAAUCCAAUUUAAAUGUCAUUUUUAAUCUGAUCCAUACUUUGACAAAGAUGAUGUGUAGGAGCUGUUUUUAGCAGUUGGAUUGUUACUUUGUAAAGUAUUAAAGCACUAAACCGAUUUUUGCAAUAGGUAGUAAAACUUGCUUUUGUUUGGAAAAACUUCCAGUUAUAACUGUCGCACUUUUUAUAGCAGAACUGUAUUUAAUUUCUUUCUUUUAUGAAAGAUUAUUCGAAGUAACCGAUAGCUCUGUAAUCUGUGUGAAUUGGCUUCUCCAUUAUUUGAAACUGAGAGAAGCUCUAAUGCCUAUUCAAUAAAAUUAACUU